AUGGGUUUAUUAGCUUACAGAACUACCCCACUAAAACAUAUUGAACUAUCUCCAUCAGAAUUAUUGAUGAAUAGAAAUUUACGUACUAAUCUUCCCAUUAAAACAGAUUUAUUAAAUGUACCCAAUUCUAAAAAUGUUGUUAAGAAAAGAGAAGAGUUAAGAGAAAAUCAAAAGUUAUACUAUGAUAAAAAUUCAACUAGAAGUUUACGGUCACUUGAACCAGGAAAUAUUGUUAGAGUUAUUAAUUGUAAUAAUAAUACUUGGUCAAACAAAGGUACUAUAAUUAGAUUAGUAGCCCCUAGAUCUUAUCUUGUGAAAUUAGAUAAUGAUGUAUUAUUUCGCAGAAAUCGAAAAGAUUUAUUAUUGAUACCAAACUCAAUGCAUAACAUUAGUAAUGAAAAUGAAGAUAUUAGUCACACUGAUAUUCAUACCUUGGAUAGACCUAAGAGGCAUACUCGUCCACCAGAUAGAUUAUUAGAAAAUUGUUAA